AUGAUCGGUCGAAUAAUGGCCAAUUUAAUUGUGCUAUACAUUCUAGUCAUAGAAGCUAUGAUAGUCAUAGGAAGCGAGUCUUCUGAUUCUCGUGAUGCUGAAAUAAAUCGACUCUUGAAGAAACUCAACAAACCUUUCCUUAAAUCCAUCAAGAGUCCAGAUGGAGAUAUCAUAGAUUGUGUUCAUAUGAAAAAUCAUCCCAUUUAUGAUCAUCCUUUAUUCAAAAACCACACCAUUCAGAUGAGACCAACUUCUUACCCAGAAGGAUGGAGCAAUAAAGAUUCAGAUAACGAAAAACAUAAAAUGGUUCCUCAACUUUGGACAAUCAAUGGAAAAUGUCCAAAAAAUAGUAUUCCCAUCAGAAGAACGAGAAAAGAAGAUAUUUUACGAGCAAAAUCAAUUGAAAGGUUUGGGAAAAAAGAUCCCAACAAUAUCCAUCAACAUAAACCAACGAAUCCAACUAAUAACGACGGUACACAUGAGUAUGCCAUACUUAAAGUGGGAGAAAAUUCUCCUCGAGCUAAAUUUUAUGGAACCCAAACGCUUAUAAAUGUGUGGAAGCCUUUUGUACAACAUAGAAAUGAAUUUAGCUUAUCACAAAUAUGGAUGUCGGCUGGAAGUUAUAGGCCCUAUGGUUCAUCCAAAUGGACAAACAAACAGGACCAUAGUACUCAACUUGAAACCAUUGAAGCUGGUUGGCAGGUGUGCACUGUACUUUAUAAUGAUACUAACCCUCGAUACUUUGUCUACUGGACUAAUGAUUCAUAUACACAACAUGGUUGCUAUAACAAUCUUUGCUCCGGCUUUGUUGUUGUCAACCAAGCAUUUGCUCUAGGCGCGGCCGUUCCUGAAGUUUCUAUCCGUGAUGGUCUACAAUACGAAAUUUUCACAAGUAUAUGGAAGGAUCGUAGUUCAGGAAAUUGGUGGUUGAAAUUUGGUACUCAUUUAAUUGUUGGAUAUUGGCCUUCUUCAUUGUUCAAUCGCUUAGGAGAUGCUGCGAGCCAAGUUCAUUGGGGAGGCGAAAUAGUAAACGUAAAGGAGAACAACCAACACACGUCAACACAAAUGGGAAGUGGGUCGUUUGCAAUAAAUGGAUUUAGAAAGGCUAGUUAUUUUAGGAAUAUUUUAGUACUUGAUGAAAACAAUACUACGAAGCAACCUGUAGGUGCUUCUACAUCUGAGACGGAAGGAAGUUGUUAUGACAUCAGGUAUCGCACUGAUCAAGCAUGGGGAAGUUUCUUUUACUAUGGUGGUCCUGGUCGAAGUCCUUUUUGUGCUUGA